CUGGGACGAUACAUGAGACAUCCCAGUGGAGACACUCGCCAGGUUCGAGAAGGACGUGAAAAGAACCAACCGCGGGUUCCUGGCAUUAGCAAGAGAUGUAGAAAGGGACGAAGAGAAUACCUCGGAACCUCCAAGAGAAAUCAAGAAAAUACUGAAGGAGUUCCAAGACAUUCUUCCCGACGACCUCCCGGACGAGUUACCGCCAUACCAAACGCACCAACACGAGAUCGUGGAGGAACCAGGGUCGAAACCGACCUUCCGAGCACCAUAUCGGCUAAGCCCCACAGAACUAGUGGACAUGAAGAAACAGAUCGAGUAUCUCCUCCCCAAAGGACUCAUCCGACCAUCCACUUCACCGUACGGUGCCCCAGUACUCUUCACACCGAAACCGGACGGAAGCCUGCGCAUGUGCAUCGAGUACCGGGCUCUCCAAAAGCAGGCCAUAAAGAAGAACUUCGGGGAGCCACGGUAUUUUCAGAAUUAGAUCUGCGGUCCGGAUACUGGCAAAUAAGAAUGGCAGACGAUUCCGUUCACAAAAUUGCCUUCCGAACUCGGUACGGAUCGUACGAUUAUCUGGUAAUGCCGUUCGGACUCACCAAGGCACCUGCAACGUUCCAAGCAGAGAUGAAUCACAUCCUGUGCCCACUCUUGCACGAAUGCGUGGUGGUGUACUUGGACGACAUCCUCAUCUACUCACGUGACAUGCGACAACAUGUUGAACACCUGCGACGUGUCUUCGAAAUUCUUCGGCGAGAACGCUUCUACGUCAAACUAUCCAAGAGCGACUUCGCCCUCGAGAAAGUCCAAUUCCUCGGACAUAUCGUAAGCGCUCAAGGAUUUCAUGUCGACCCCAAGAAAUUAAAGCCGUGCGUACGAGUUAUAGCACUUCCUUGGUUCGUGCCGCAAUACGCGAAAAUCGCCAUGCCACUCACGAAUCUGCUAAAGAAGAACACGCCCUAUAACUGGGAACCACAACACCAGGAAGCCGUGGAGCAGCUGAAACAAGCACUCACGUCCGCACCCGUACUCAUCUUGCCAGACCCUGAACGCGACUACGUCAUCGAAGCUGACGCCAGUGACCAGGCAGUAGGAGCAGUCUUGAUGCAAGACCAGGGGAAUGGACUGCCCCCAAUUGCCUACCUCAGCAAAAAAUUACACAAAGCAGAACUCAACUACCCGAUACACGACAAGGAGGCCCUUGCUAUCAUCAUCGCCUUCAAAACGUGGAGAUGUUAUCUCGAAGGAGGCAAAACAAUAGUCUACACCGACCAUUGCAGCCUGAAAUAUUUGAAGACACAACCAAGCCUCUCCAGGCGACAGGUUCGGUGGAUCGACUUCCUCGAGACACACUUCCACUACGACAUCGUGUACAAGCCUGGCCACAAAAACAAUGCAGACGCUCUCAGUCGGCCUGCACACAGCACGUGAUUGUGUUGUAGUAGUUAGCA